AAAAAAAAUUAAUUGAGGUUAUGUUAGGUAUCUCGGAGAGCGAUCUUGCCAACCAGAGUAGAUAGAGGAGAUUAAAAGUUGCCGUGACUUUUUUUGACUUCAUUCUCAUCUUCAUCCUCCGGAGGAAUCAAUCACUCUUUUCGCCGAAUAUUGCUGAAAAAUGCAGUGGAAUGGGGUGAGAAGAGCCCAUUCUUUAUGGUGCAAGAGUUUAACACACAGCACUCAUCCUUGUAUUCCAGUCAGCAUGUCUAGUUUGGAGGCUUUUGACAAGUUGCCAAGUACGAGCACCAAAGAGAGGAUCCAGAGGUUUUCAUCCGGUGCUUGGAUCCAGGGACGAGAUCUUAGCACCUCAAACAGUUUCAAUGAUGAUAAAAGCUUCGGUGAAGACUCUAUUCCCUGGAAAAGGCAUUCUCGGAAAGUAUCUCAAGGUCAACUUCUACUUCGGAACUCCACAGUUUCUGGGACUUUAUGGGAAUCCAAACAUUUCCAGGAGCAUAAGUAUCACACUUUUAGAAAUGACAAUGGCAUACCGUAUUCACCUAACAAGGUCGUUAGAGAUAUUCCCAAGUUUGUGAAGAUUGUAGAAGUUGGUCCAAGGGAUGGCCUCCAGAACGAGAAAAACAUAGUUCCCACAUCUGUGAAGGUGGAACUAAUACAGAGAUUGGUUUCUGCCGGAUUGCCCGUUGUUGAGGCUACAAGUUUUGUAUCACCUAAAUGGGUUCCCCAGCUUGCAGAUGCAAAGGAUGUAAUGGAUGCGGUAAAUACUCUAGAUGGGGCUCGAUUGCCGGUUCUGACUCCUAAUCUAAAAGGCUUUGAAGCGGCUGUAUCUGCAGGGGCUAAGGAAGUUGCAAUCUUCGCAUCGGCUUCUGAGUCAUUCUCUUUGUCAAAUAUUAACUGUACCAUUGAAGAGAGUCUCCUGAGAUAUCGUGAUGUUGCCACUGCUGCAAAGGAGCUUUCCAUUCCUGUCCGUGGGUAUGUAUCUUGCGUUGCCGGAUGUCCAGUGGAAGGAGCGGUUCCACCCUCAAAAGUAGCACAUGUUGUUAAAGAGCUCUAUGACAUGGGCUGCUUUGAGAUUUCUCUUGGUGAUACAAUUGGAAUCGGCACUCCUGUUUCUGUGCUUAUAAAUGAAUCAGGUUCUGUUGUUCCGAUGCUUGAAGCCGUGAUGGCAGCGGUGCCAGCUGAAAAGCUGGCUGUUCACUUCCACGAUACCUAUGGACAAGCUCUUGCAAACAUAUUGGUAUCUCUCCAAAUGGGAAUAAAAAUAGUAGACGCAUCAGUUGCUGGAUUAGGCGGUUGCCCAUAUGCAAAAGGAGCCUCAGGAAAUGUAGCCACAGAGGAUGUGGUUUACAUGUUAAACGGUUUGGGGGUUCAAACGAACGUUGAUUUGGGAAAGCUUAUAGCUGCUGGAGAUUUCAUCAGCAAGCAUCUCAGCCGUCCAAACGGUUCCAAGGCUUCUGUUGCUCUUAACCGUCGGACCACUGCUGUUGCCUCCAAGAUAUGAGUGUUUAUAACAGGAUUUUACAUAUGUAAACUCUUAUGAAUGUGAGACGAAAGAGAUAAUGAACACAACUUUUGUAUAAAGAUAACAUGUGAGUGGUUCAUUGGUAUCGGAAGAUGUGCGUUUAUGGUUUUGUUCUUUUGUUUUGUACAGUAUUUUCAUUGUUGUCAAGUAAUGACACUGAAUCAUAG